UCUGUCUCUCGAGCCUUACUCCCCUCCCAUUGAUCCGUUUCAUGUCACUUUAUUUUAUGAUAGGGUGGAUGAGGAAUGGUACUCGGAGUGGUUUGGGGGGGAAUUGGCUGACACCACCUCAACUGUUAUUUCGGAUCGGAUUGUGGUAGGCCCAGAGGGGGUGGCAGCAGUAACACAAUUAGGGGGAGACGCAGAUAUAUUUUACAUGGAGGGGGAGUUCCGCACAUCUCUCUGGCAUUCCAUCCAGGGCACCAAGCCAAAGAUCUGGGUCCAAUGACAAAGAGAGCCGUGGAAGCAUUAGAUUGGACUGAAACACAGAUACCACAGAUAACCUACUCUAACAGCACAAAGUCAUACUGCAUUCAAAUACAGGCGAUAGACAGGGUGCUGUGGGAACACCGUUUCAUAUCCAGACAUCAUGGCAGGGAGCUUUGUGAUCAUCAACACACUGAAAUUCUCUUAGCAUCGAUUCCAGACACACUGUGGGCCACAGGGCCUACAGAUGUAGGCUUGGUGAAUGAUUGUGCAGACAUCACCUUUGAACUACAGACAGACAGGGCAAUUUGGGUGAGACAGUACUCACACAAACCUAUUGCAGAAGAGGGGAUAGCAGACACGAUUCAGGGGUUGUGCCAAGCUGGGGUUUUAGAACCCUCAAACUCACCCUGGAACACACCUAUUUUACCCGUUGAAAAGAAGGGUACAGGUAAAUACAGGAUGGCUCACGAUUUGAGAGCCAUUAACGCAGUCUUGGUAACACACACCAUAGCAGUACCCAAUCCUUAUGUAGCCUUGUCCCAACUGACACCCACACAGACAUGGUUCACAUGUAUUGACCUUGCCAACGCUUUUUUCUGUCUACCGUUACACCCUGACUGUAGAGAUUGUGUUUCAUUCACAUUCAGAGGACAGCAGUACAGGUACACUAGACUACCACAAGGCUUUGCCUUGUCACCAGGACUGUUCAAUCAAGUUCUUAAACGGUCACUAGAGGGGGUAGAUCUGCCGGAAAACACGACCUUGGUGCAGUACGUGGAUGACGUACUAUUAGCGUCAGAAACUGACAAAGAUUGUCUGACCGCGACUCACAAUGUACUCCAGAGACUGAGUGACAAAGGGUAUAAAGUGUCAAAAGACAAGCUGCAGGUGGGUAGGCGACAGGUCUCCUUCUUAGGACGAAUACUGUCAGGUUCAGGCACAAACUUGUCUCCUAUACACAAAUCUAGCAUCCUGUCACACUCAAAGCCACAGAAAGUGAAGGAUAUGUUGUCCUUCUUAGGCCUCACUGGGUACAGCAGACAUUACGUGCCGAACUACUCAGGGCUGACCCAACCUCUGAGAGCCAUGGUAAACGCCUGUGGCAUGAGAAAUGUAACGGCACAACUUGAUUGGACAACUGAAGCAGAACAGGCAUUCAUUGAAUUGAAACAGCUGCUAGCACAAGCAACAGACCUAGCAACACCAGACUACUCAAAACCUUUUUUCAUGGAUGUUUCUGAAACAGAAGGGGUGGUAAAUGGGGUGUUGUUUCAGAAAAGAGGGGGAGAAAGAAAUGUACUGAUGCACGCCAGCAUUAUGCUGGACAGAAUGGAAAAACGUCACCCAGAGUGCACACAACACGUAGCAGGGGUAGCCAAACUAGUGCAGAAAACAGCACACAUUGUGAUGGGACACCCCUUAACCAUUCUCACAACACACAGUGUAGUGGCUUACGUGAAUUCACACACCUUCACACUCACUACACUCAGACAGCAGAGGCUCAGCAAAAUUUUGGAAGCUCCAAACCUCACAUACACACAUGAAGGGAUAAACAUGGCAGAAAGAAUGGGGGAGUUUGAACCACAUGAGUGUGAAAAGCUGGUGGAGAGAACAAGCAAAGUGAGGGCAGACCUACAGGCAGAACCUAUCCCAGGGGGAGAGAACCUAUACACAGAUGGGUGUUGUUUUAGACAUGAGCAGGAAGGGCUAGUGGCAGGAUUUGCAGUAGUAGAAGAAGAGGGUGGUGAGUUUCACACAGUGAAAGCAGAGAGAUUGAAAGGGCAACAGUCAGCACAGAGAGCUGAACUCAGAGGUGUAAUUGAGGCUCUAAAGUAUGGGGCAGAUCAGGUAAUAAACAUUUUUUCUGAUUCCUCGUACGUAGUACUGGCAGUGCACGUAGACCUAGGACAGUGGCAAAGGGGUGGGUUCCGGACAGCCGGAAAUACGCCAAUCAAGUAUGAGAAAGAGAUGAGAGAGCUAGCAGAAGCACUUUUCCUCCCGAAACAGGUAGCAAUAAUAAAGUGUAAGGGUCACGACGAGGGACACUCAGUAGUAGCCAGGGGGAACAGGGCUGCAGACGAAGCAGCAAAGAGAGUGACAGGAUACAAGGUCAGUUACGUCAUGAUGACGUCAGAACAGGAUGGGCAACUAAUGCAGGAGUGGAACGGGGAUGAGACAGGGAGGAAGAUAACUCCAAGAGAAAAGAGAGCAGUGGAUAGGGCCAGGCGAAGGUGGGAGGCCAAUAAGAUGGAGAGAGAACAGGCAGGACAGACAGGGCACUUAGAGGGAGAUAAGGAGGCCCCAGGAGAAAAGGUACUAGACACAGAUUACUCGAUAAGCAAGCAGUGGAAAUUGAAAAAGAAUCAGGAAAAGGCAGAGUCAGAAGAAAAGACAGCAUGGAUACAAAGGGAGGCGAAGGACCACGGGGGAGUGUGGAGAGGACCAGAUGGUAGAUUUGUCUUACCAAGCACACUAAAAGAUGAGGUGUUGUCAGAGGCUCAUGGGGUCGGGCAUGUUGGUAUAUCUCAAAUGCUUCGUAAUGUGCAGAAUUGGUGGCAUCCACAGAUGAAAAACAUGGUAACUGAAUUUGUGAGUCGUUGUGAGGUAUGUAUGUUAUACAACCCGAAGAAAACGAUCAAACCGCCCUUAGGGAAAUUUUCUAGGCAAACUACACCAGCAGGGGAGAUUGUGAUUGACUACACAGACAUGAUAGAGCCUGUGAGAGGAUACAGGUAUAUUUUGAUGUGUGUGGACAUUAUUCUGGGUGGCCAGAGGCGUGUCCUACAAAGAAAGAGGACAGCAAGUCUGUGAUUAAGUUUCUGAUCAAUCAGUACAUACCUCAUCAUGGAUUUCCGACUCGAAUAAGAUCAGACAAUGGCACUCAUUUCAGGGCGAGCGACCUGAGAGAGGUUGAAACGAUGUUGGGAAUGAAACAUUCAUUCGGAACGGUGUAUCAUCCAGCUUCCCAGGGAAAAGUGGAGAGAAUUAACCAAAAUGUCAAAAACAAAUUGGCCAAAAUCUGUGCACAGACCAAAUUGAAUUGGUUAGAUGCUUUACCAUUGGCAUUAAUGUCAAUUAGAAGCUCUGUGAAUCAAUCUACAGGAUUCACACCAUUUGAAUUGGAAACAGGCCGAAGUUUUCCAGGUCCCACUAAAAAAUUGGGUGGUGAAGUGACACAUAAAUCUCACAAGGCAUAUUUUAA